AUGGCAGGAAUAUUAUCAAAACCAAAUUAUAAUCAAUUUUUAGAAAGUUUAAUUAAACUUUUAGCACAAACAUCAGGUAAAGAUAAGAUUGCCAAGAUUUUACAAUAUGGUGCCAAAUUAUUAGGAUAUAUAUUUUUAAAGAGAUCAAAACAUUGGGUUGAUGUUAUGAAAAAAUUAGAGACAACAAGUGGAUCAGCACGUAAAGUAUGGCGUUUAGGUAAUACAUUGGCCGAGCAACAAAAGAUUUUAGCAUUAUUCAAAGUAAAGAAUCCAUUUGCCUUUUUAAAUAUUCUAGCAUUGAUUAGACAAAGUGGAAUGUAUUUCUAUUGGGUAUUCGAUCAUUUAAUCCUUGGUACCAACAUUGGUUUAUGUAAAUUUGAUACUGUCAAAUUGGGUUGGUAUUCAAGUGUUAGUUGGUUCUUUGGUUUAUUAUGUUCAAUCAUUAUCGAUUUAAAUACAUUGGCCAUCAUGUUAAAGAAAGAGAAAUCACUCAGAUUAACAAUCACUCAAAAUAAAAUCAAUGCAAAUAAUAAUAACAUCGAUACUCAUACAAUCACCUCUGAAGUCGAAAAUAAAGCAAUCAUCGAUCAAUUCAAUGAAGUCAUUAAAAAGAAGAAUGAAAUCUAUUUAAAUUGUGCAAAGAAUGGUUCAGAUUUAAUCAUUGCUUCAACUUUAUUAAAAAUUUAUCCAUUCUCUCAAGGUACAAUUGGUAUUUCUGGUAUAAUUUCUGCAUUAAUUGGUGCUUAUCAAAUGUGGCCAAAAUAA